GGCCACCCUCUUGUGAGGAAACGUCAACCGUGUGUUUCUUUUCUGGUUUGAAUAAAUUCAAUCCUCUGCAGUCGUUGGUGAGGGCACUUAAGAGCAACCAGGUGGACCAACAGUUUCAGACAGACAUGAGCUCAUCCACAGAGCCCAAACCCAAACUCAGAAAAGGCCUUUGGUCGCCUGAAGAAGAUGAUAAGCUCAUCAAUUACAUGAUGAAAAAUGGGCAGGGCUGUUGGAGCGAUGUUGCAAAACAAGCUGGUCUGCAGAGAUGCGGAAAGAGCUGUAGGCUGAGAUGGAUUAACUACCUCAGGCCUGACCUCAAACGAGGAGCAUUCUCACCCCAUGAAGAGCAAUUGAUUAUUCACUUGCAUUCCAUCUUGGGCAACAGGUGGUCUCAGAUUGCAGCUCGUUUGCCUGGACGUACAGACAAUGAGAUCAAGAAUUUCUGGAAUUCCUGCAUUAAAAAGAAGUUGAAGCACCUCAACAACAGCAAUAACAACAACCAUAAAUCUACCACCUCAAAUACAUCACACAGCACCAAUUCCACCAUCCCUGCUACGCCUGCUCGUACACAGCCACUGGACGCCAUGCUGGCAAGGUACCAGCCUUCACUGCGCACAAUGGAAAACCAGUUUUGUAUGCCAGAGUUUCCCAUAAACUCCUCCAUGAAUUGCCAACUAUGGAAUGCUUAUUCUAUUCAAGACGGCUUUAAUCAUUCUCUCAGAUCCAUGAAUUUACAGGAGCCAGCCCAAACAAGGCUAUGCAAUCAAAACUCAUGGAGCAACAAUACUCCACAGCUCCCUCUGAAUUACACUCCUCACACCUCAAUUCCUCCUCUGGUUGACUGCGAAUUUCUGCCAUUGAAAGACAAUGUAAAGAAUGAUAACCAAAACGAGCUGAUGACCAAUUGUGAUUACCAUGAUUCCUCUGGGCUGAGUGCAUGGAGUGCUUCUUAUUCACACAACACAGAUAACUGUGACCCAGUUGGGAGUAUUCUCGAGAGUUAUGCUAAUGAUGAGAAUGUGAAUGCUACAGACCAAUGCAAUGCACAGCCCAUUGCAUGGGCUAAUGAAGGUGAUUGCAGUAAGGGUGACGAUAGCUGUUUCAGAUUCAAUGUAAACUUUGGAAUGCAGCCAUUUGCUGCUACUGAUAAUAGUAAUAGGGAGAAAACUAGCUUUGAGUUUGGUGAGGUGGGAGAAGGGUAUAAUUGCUGUGGAAUAAAGCAAGGUGAAGAAGAAGAAGCCACAACUGGUAAUUCAUUAGGAGGUGGAGGAGGAGGAGGGGGAGGAGGUGAUGGGUUCGAGUUUGAGUGUGAGGGUGCAACAGCAGUGUGGCAUGACAAUGUGUAUGAUAUUCAUACUGCUGCUUGUGAUCUUGAUCAAAUGUAUUUCACCUGAUGGACGUUCUAGCUUUCUUAGUGACUUUCUUUUGUACUUGCAGUCGUGGAUACCUGAAAAAAAAAUUGUUGCAUUUGCUAAUAAUGAAUUUUGAGUUGGUGAUUCACAAUCUCAAA